AUACCCCAACCUGUUGAAACGUGAAGCUUUUUCGGUCAGCUUAAAGCGACUGUUUUUUUUGUUGUUGUGCGAUUUGCCAGUGCAAGUGAGAAUUUUUGUGCUCUUGAUUCUACGCAGAAGCAACACACAACAGUUUAAAAAAGCGAGUGAUACGCAAUCUUGAUUAGUACUUGGUAGAAGCAAAGUUGGCAAUUAAAAGUGUGGUGGGUGAAACGCAAAGGAGAUAUUUGCUGCUACGCAAAGGAGGUGCCAAACGGCCGGAUCGAAGAAAAUAGUUUCUGUGGAAACCUCUAGAAAGAAAAACGCCAUUCGGUGAAGAAAGUGCCUCGGAGAAAGACGGGGAAAAACUUGAACAAACAAAGGAAAAUUGUCCAGCUGGUUGAGAGAAAAAAAAGAAACGGUGACGAUCACUGAAUUCAGUUAUGAGAAACGAUUUUUAAGCGGCACUAGGGUGUUGGGAAAUCCGUGAAAAAUUCCGAAAAAUUCUUUGGAAAAGUUUGGUUGACUUCAGUGAAAUUUCUAGAGCAGUUGAAAAUGGCUCGUAGUGUUCGAAGUGGAUCGGUGGGAGUGACUCUGGUGGCCUGCACUUUGGUGUCCCUUUGUUCCGGUUCCGCCAUUCCCAUGUGGGAAUAUCUGAGCCGUGGCGAGAAGAUGUCGCACCUGUACUCGAUGUUCGCCAAGCAGGUCUCGAGCUACUGCAAGGGAACGCAGGACAUGCCAACGAAUAUGUGCAAACGGAAUCUGCUGAUGUACGGCAUCAACAAGCUGCAGGACAUGAACGAGUCCCAUCUGGACUCGAUGGAUCCCUACCAGCGCGGGGCACAUGAUAUAAUUUGGGACGCCAUGAUGGACGGUCACACCAAGAAUGGCAAGAAGAAGAUUCCGGUGACGACGGAAGCUCCGGCCCAGAUUGCCAGUGGUGCCCAGUAUCAGCACAACCCAUUGUUCGAUGACUUGCCGGAACAGUCCAACAACCGGAAACAGGACAUCGGUCUGGACAAGUACGGCAUGGACUACGACUACAGCAACGCAGCUUCCGCUCAGGAUCUACAGUUCGCUGAACCCAGCCAGAACUAUCUGCCUCCAUCGAUCCGGGCUCCGGUGCGAUUCGAUUCCGGCUAUGGAAGUUACGAAGGAGCUGCCUCAAGCAAUUUGGACGCCCUGGCUCCUUACGAGCAGGCGAGCAACUACUUGACUGGACCCAUGGUUGUAGUUAUGCGACCUGAUGGAACCCUGGUCGAUGAACAUCACCUCAAAGUUAUGCCCAAGGACGACGAUAUCAAGGAGAUGACCAUCGGCAAGGAGAAGAUGCCCAGCUUCCAGCAGAUCUACGACAGCCUGAAGCAGGACGAACAUGGCCACUCGGUUGCUGCAGUCCCAGCUACGGCCGCCCCUCAUUCCGCCACCAGCUUCGUCAAGUCCUACCGGACAGAGUACCGUCCUUAAGACGGAACCUCACCCUUAAAAACUCCAAAACACAAACAACAGCAAAGAACUGGCAGGGAGGCCAGACGACAAACCGUUUUAUACAAUUGAUUGUGAUUUUAAUUUAGUGUGCUCCUAAUAUAGGCUUAAACUAUUUUAUAUGUAAAACUACUAAUACGCGUUAAAGAAAAACAAACAAACAAUGAUAAACCAGAACCGGACUCAUGGUCACUCCGAGAAAAAGAAUCGAGCGCGCGCGAACUCUGAGAGAAAAGCCUCCUUAGACCUAGUAGGCUAUGGAGGCUGUCGAAUCAACUCGUGAACCAACUCUAGCAUGUAGACACGCACCAACAAAAACAAACCAACUGUCAACAAAUAAGGCAGUUCGCGCACGAUCAACCGACGACCGACAUUCAUUGUAAUUAAUAUAUUUAUAAAUCAUCCGUCACUCAUUUUCAUUUGUAUUAGUUUUGUUUUCUACUGUGGUGUGACACCUGAAAACGGAAACAGAAGCCUUUUUGUUUGAGUUACGGAAGAAUUGUGUAAUGCAAACUGACGUUUGUUUGAGAAUGAUUGCACCCGACACCGGAAGUGUGCAAUAGCAGGAUCGUAGAUCAGUAUCAGGGCUGUUGACUAAUUUUAAACGAGCUUAAGGCGAAUGUUGCAAUCAUUUGCUUUCAGAAAACACUAGAAUAUAAUGAAAAGUGACAGCAAUCGGAAGAGUUGUUUGACUUUUGAUUAACCUUUUUCAAAAAUUUUAUUUUCAAAAAAGUUAUUGGUUUUGGUACUUUUAUCACUUUUAAAGGCUCCAAAACCUCUUUUGUUAAAAGUAGUAGGCUGUAACCCAGAACUUUUAUCAGCUCUUCAAGAAACUCGAGAGAAGCUCGCUAUUUUUGAGAGUGUCUCUCGAGUUCCUUUGAAGAGAUUUUCGCCUACAAAUGUGAGAUUGAUCAGAACUCAAACAACACUGAAUUUAAGCGCUAAACAUAAGUCACAAGCUUAGCGGACUUAGUCCGCUUCCGAAAAAAACCAUCAAUUUAACUGUACUUAUUAACUGAACAGCAACCCGAAUUUCAUGAAAUCAACUAUACGAAAAUCAACAAACAAGCGAAGCAACACAAACUUUAAUAAACCAGCUCUAGAUUUAGUAUUUAAGCUACUCCCUCAAAAAAUCAAGCAAUCAAAUCCAAAUCUAAUGUGUAAAUUAUAAAAACUUUUAAAAAUACAUCAAAUCAUACUUUGAUAGAAAGUUAAGCUAAAAUAAUCUUGUGCUUUUGUAUCAAAUUCUGUACGAAAGAGGAAGAAAACGAGAAACAGCAACAAUGUACGUCAUUCGCCAGUAGUGAACACAAUAAACAAGAGGAAAAGUAUAGGAACCUAAGCAACCCGGAAGUGAAGCGUGACAGUCCGAUGAAUUUCAGUUGAAGAGGUAGGACUAAUUCACCUAGCAGUAAGCAAAUCAAAAACAAACAAAAAACACAAUCACUCAAAUGGGAUAAGAAUUAGAAAAAAAAAAACAAAAACAAACAAAUAAGUGGUGGUUUCGUUCUCUUUUCUUUCGGAAAAUCGGAAUUUCGGUACAGAACCGUAGUGGUAUUCCAAAUUGUUGGAGAUUUUUCUGUGGAUUUACUAUGUAUUUCUUUUAUCAUUAUUACUAUUAUUAUUAUAAUUAUUAUUUGGUAUAUGCAUGUAGGCUAGCAAGGCGAUUGGCUCCCUGUCGCGGGAUUUCAUUUGUUCCGCCUAGUGUUUCAGAACAGUUCUAGGAAAAAAAAAAUCAAUGCAGUUUUAACUGUUUCUUAAAACAAACAAAACUUUCAAACUGUAUAAAUUCAACAUUCCUUGAUAACAGGAAAACUUUAGAGGUUAAGGCAAUCAAGUUAAAUCUGAAAAAGGAAAAAGUAAGAACCAAGCGAAUGUGAUGUAACUAAUUGAUAUCGGAUCCUAUUGAAUGAUAUUUUGUGAAAUCUUUUCCCGGCAUCGGGAAAAGUUUGUGUAAGAUAUCUGCGGACAACAAGUGUAAUAAAACAACAACAAACAAAUUAUUUAUGAAUUUAA